GCGGCUGCAGCGGCGGCGGUGGCGGAGAGUGGCGUCGGGGCGCCCAGCCCGAGCCGAGCGGAGCCGGAUCCCGGGGGAGCGCGUUCUGCCGAAUGUGAUGAAAGUGUCUGUUCUCAGGGAAGGCACAGCCAUGGCUUCCCCACCACCCCGGGAGAUGGAGGAGGAGCUGGUAUCUGCUGGCUCUGAGCCAGGUGACCCUCGGGCCAAACCUCCUGUCAAGCCCAAACCCCGGGCCCUGCCUGCCAAGCCAGCCCUGCCUGCCAAGCCCAGCCUGCUGGUGUCCGUUGGGCCGCGGCCGCCCCGGGGUCCUCUGGCUGAGCUGCCUUCUGCCCGGAAGAUGAACAUGCUGGCAGGACCCCAGCCCUAUGGUGGCAGCAGGCGUCCCCUUCCCUUUGCACCAAGACCACCGGCCGAGACGUCUCCUGGAGGAGAAGCCACCCAAGAGGCUGGGAAAGAGGAGGCCGGGAAAGAAGAGAUGCCUCCGUUGACACCCCCGGCUCGCUGUGCGGCCCCAGGGGGUGUGCGGAAGGCCCCCGCCCCCUUCCGUCCAGCCUCUGAGCGCUUUGCAGCCACCACCGUGGAAGAGAUUCUGGCCAAGAUGGAGCAGCCGCGGAAGGAGGUCCCCACCAGCUCUGACCGCCUCUGGGGCUCCCGCCUCACCUUUAACCACGAUGGUAGCUCAAAAUACGGCCCCAGGACCUAUGGGGUGGCUACCGCUCCUGCGGAUGAGGAUGGUGGGACCCUCUCCAGGGAAUGGUCCCAGGAGGGGCCUGCGAAGUCUCCCACAGAGUGCCCUGAAGAGCACAGCCAGACCCCCGAGGAGAGGAGCCCCCCUUUGGACCGGGCCUUCAAUGGGGACCUGGCUCAGCCGGCCAGCUCUGAGCCACCUACCGACGUUUCCAAGCCCUGGGUCCCCUCAAGUCCAGGCCCCACCGCAGAGAAUGGAGGGUUCACCAGCCCAGGCCUCCCUGCUGAAGCCUCAGGCCCAGCCCCUGGGUCUCCCCAACUUCACUCACCCCACCAGAGCUCUCCCCGCCACUCUCAUCUUCCAGAGGCCCAGAGUCCUGCCGCUCCCGGGCCUGCUCCCUGCCUCCCUGCGACUCCAGCAUCCCCAGUUGUCCUGCCAGAUGAGGGCGCCUGCCAUGCCCCUGGCCCAGGGCUCCCUGCUUUGGGAGCCCCAGAUGCCCCCAGACCCAGUAGCCCUCCCGUGGAAAAGGUCUCGGGGAGCCACAGCCCAGAGCAGCUUCCAGCCACCUCACCCCGGCCCCCGAUGGAGGGGGGUGAGUUGCUUGAUCCCGAUCGGACGUUCCCAUCUGGUGAGGAGGUGGCCAGGGGUGGCGCAGAGCUCCGCCCCGCCGGCAUGGGUCAGCGCCGGUUUUCUGAAGGUGUGCUCCGGCUGCCGGACCAAGAGCAGAAGCUGGGCGGCUCGCUGGCUGACCUGCUUCAAACCCAGGGGGGCCAGUCAGCCCUGGAGCGUCCCUUUGGGUGUGGGACAGAGUCCAACUGGAGCUUGUCACAGUCCUUUGAAUGGACCUUCCCCACGCGGCCUUCAGGUCUAGGGGUGUGGCGGCUGGACUCCCCGCCCCCCUCCCCCAUCACUGAAGCCAGUGAGGCCGCAGAGGCUGAGGCUGCAUCGGCGGAGGCUGCGGCUGCGGAGGCGGAGGCUGUGGCUGCGGAGGCUGGGGCCACUGCGGCUGGUGACGCUGCAUCCAGUGGGGAGGGAGUGUUCCAGCAGGGGCGAGGGGUCUGGUCAGCUCCAGAGGGACCAGGAAGGCCUGGUUCUUGGGUGCAGACAGAUGAUUCGGGCAUCUCCCCAAACCAAAAGGGUGAUGGGGAGAGUCCGCCUCCAUCCCCAGCUGAUCCCAUCAAGCCUCUGCCAACAACGGGGGGCCCGCCUGAACCGGCCUUGCUACAGGCAGAGGAGAGGUGUGAGGAGCGGGAGCCCCUGGGCGGACAAGAGUCCCCACUGCCUCUGGCCACCAGGGAGGCCGCCCUGUCCGUCCUGGAGCCGGUCCUGGGGCAGCGGCAGCCAGCACCCCCCGACCAGCCCUGUGUCCUCUUUGCUGACACCCCUGACCCUGGGAAGGCACUGCCUGCUGAGGAGGAGGCUGUGACCCUGGCCCGGGCUGAGACUACCCAACCGAGGACCGAGGCCCAGGACCCCUGUAGGGCGUCCCCCGAGCCUGCAGGUCCUGCAAGCAGCUCCCGCUGGCUGGAUGACCUCCUGGCUUCGCCACCCCCCAGUGCUGGCGGUGCCCGGCGGGGAGCUGGACCUGAGCUGAAGGACACACAGACCCCAAGUGCCUGCUCUGAGGGACUCCUCGGCUGGGCCCGGAAAGACCUGCAGAGUGAAUUUGGGAUUGCCGCAGACACACAGUCCGGCAGUUUUAGCCCUUCCAGCUGGUCCCAAGACACUUCUCAGGACUAUGGCCUUAGGGGAACGAGCCCUAGAGGGGACCCAGGCCUUGGAGAGAGGAGCUGGCCCAGCAAGAGUGGGCAAGGAGCAGGGGAAGGGAGCGCCAGGGAGUGGGCCAGCAGGUGUGGCAUCGUUGGCCACGAGGAGGUGGAGGUCCGUGAGGAGGUGGAGGUCGGCAGCCCGCAUGGGAGCGGGGGGCUCCCAGCCCAGGACCGGGUGAUUGGAAAGCCGGCCCCGCUGGGCCCCCAGCAGAGCCAAGAGCCGGAUGUUCAGGACUGGGAGUUCAGAAAGAGGGAUUCCCAGGGCACGUACUCCAGCCGGGAUGUGGAACUCCAGGACCAGGAAUUCGGGAAGAGAGAUUUGCUGCGUUCUUACAGCAGUCAGGAUGCGAGCCUUCAGGACUGGGAGUUUGGGAAGAGAGAGUCUCUGGGGGCCUAUGCCAGCCAGGAAGUGGAGGACGUGAGGAAGAAGGACCACCUGGGCCAGUACAGCAGCCAGGAUGCCGACGAGCAGGACCAGGAGUUUGGGAAGAGAGAUUCGUCGCUUGGCAUCUUUGGCAGCCAGGGUGCUGAGCAGCCGGACCUGGAUUUCGGGAAGAGCGCCUGGAUGAGGGACUACAGCAGCCGUGGCAGCACCACGGCCCUCGGCCCCCAGGACCGAGGCUUCGGGGUGAGAGCCCUGAGCACCGCGUUCAGUCCCGAGGAAGCCCAGCAGCAGGAUGAGGAGUUUGAGAAGACUCUGAGUGGAGGAGACGGCCUGGGCGAGGCCAGCGGGGACGCAGGCCAGCCAGAGGAGAGAGAGUUGGGGGGCUUGUUCAGCCCCAGCAGCCCCCAGAACCAGGAUGGAGCCCUGGGACCGAGAGCCCAGAGUAGCUGGCAGGACAGCGGUGCCAGCCAGGAGGUUGGAGGGCUGCACAGGAGACAGCAGGCAGGGGACCAGAGCCCAGGCGAUGCCGACCCGGAAGACAGGGAAGUGGGGCAGCGAGGCUGGGCUGGCGACUUCAGCCUAGGUGUGGUCUCCCAGCCAGAGGCGGCCUUCAGCCCAGGGCAGCGAGACUGGAGUGGUGACUUCUGCGUGGAGGCUACCGAGAGGAGCCAUCAUUUUGGGAUCAUUGGCCAUGACCGAGUGGGCAGUGCUGGCCCGAGUCCUUCCGGCAAGAUGGGAGGUGGCCACUUUGUGUCUCCGGAGAAGACCUCGACUGGGUCCGUGGACUGGGCCGACCAGCUGGGCCUCAGGAACUUGGAAGUGUCCAGUUGUGUGGGUUCUGGCAUCUCGAGUGAGGCCAGGGAGGGUGCCGUGGGACAGACCGGCUGGUCGGAUAACCUGCGGUUGAGAGAUGUGGACCUGGCUAGCCAUUUGGAGGCUGGGGGUUCUGAGAAGCCCAGGGAGAUGGGAGUUGGGGAGAAGGACUGGACUUCUGAUGUCGGGGUGAGGGGCAGAGAUUUGGCUGGGGUGGGGGAGGCAGAAGGCCACAGCCAGGCCAGAGAGAGUGGCGUGGGGCAGACCAACUGGUCAGGUGUGGAGGCCGGAGACUUCCUUAAAUCAAGGGAGCGUGGAGUGGGACAGGCAAGCUGGACACCGGACCUGGGGCUCAGGAACAUGGCCGUGGGGCCAGAUAGCAGCUCCAGGGAGCUUGGGGUGGGCCAGGUGGACUGGGGUGACAGUCUGGGCCUGAGGAAUUUGGAGGUGCCAUGUGACCUAGAGACUGGAGGUUCUCGGGAGCCACGAGGAUGUGGAGUGGGGCAGAUGGACUGGACCCAGGACUUGGGGCUCCGGAAUGUGGAGGUCUCCGGGACUCCGAGUGAAGCCAGGGAGCAUGGGGUGGGAGAAGUUAGCCAGUGUCCAGAGCUAGGCCUCAGGGACACCGGUAUGUUGUGCCCUGGCCAGGAGGCCAGAGACCCAGACCCCAUGGAGGCCAGGGAGCUGGGGGUUGGCGAGAUGAGUGGACCAGAGACCCAGGGCGAAGAUGACUCCUCGCUUUCCUUGGAGACCUGCUCUGAAGACCCCGGAAUGGAGAUGGGAGAAGCCCCGGGCUUCGGAGCCAGCCCCGGCAGCGGCUGCCUGGCCCGCUCCCCACCCUCCGCCUCCCAGGGCCUGCUGGAGGAGAUGCUGGCCGUCAGCAGCUCCAAGGCAGCGGCCCGGAGGGAGUCGGCAGCUUCCGCUUCGGGCCUGCGGACCCUGUUGGAAGAGGAAGGAACCACAGCAGGUGCCGAUCGAGGGGAGCCCCUGGAGCCCGGCAGGGACCGUCUGCCCUCCUGGAGGCCCCAGCCCGAUGGUGAAGCCAGCCGGACAGAAGAGGUGGACGGCACCUGGGGCCCUGCAGGGGCCGGGCUGGGCGAGCAGGGUCCGAUGCACCCCCCUCGGCGAUCCUCCCAAGGCCCUCCCCCCAGCUCUCCCAGUCAGGACUUCUCCUUCAUCGAGCAGGACACCGAGAUCCUCGACAGUGCCGUGUAUCGAAGCCGUGCCAACCUGGGGCGCAAGCGUGGGCACCGGGCCCCGGCCAUCCGGCCCGGCGGUACCCUGGGCCUGUCAGAGGCGGCAGACUCGGAUGCACGCCUGUUCCAGGACUCUACGGGUAGGGCCAAGCCACGAGCUUCUCGGGUGCCGUCUUCAGACGAGGAGGUGGUGGAGGAGCCUCAGAACCGCAGGACACGGAUGUCCUUGGGCACCAAGGGGCUGAAAGUCAACCUCUUUCCUGGCCUGAGCCCGUCAGCCCUGAAGGCCAAGUUGCGCCCCCGGAACCGCUCGGCUGAGGAGGGGGAGCUGGUGGACAGCAAGUCGAGCCAGAAGGAGUCUGCGUUCCAGCGCUCCAAGUCCUGCAAGGUCCCAGGGCUGGGGAAGCCCCUCGCCUUACCUCCGAAGCCAGAGAAAUCCUCAGGGUCAGAAGGAUCAUCGCCCAGUUGGCUACAAGCCCUGAAGCUGAAGAAGAAGAAGGUCUGAGAAGUCACUGAGGUCCUUCCCAUCUGGCAGUCCCAAGCAAUGCCCGUUCCUGUGGGGUCCCUGCGAGGAGAUGGCUGGAGCCCCUUCUCCCCACAUGUCCCAGGCUGUAGCCUCUGUCCCCCUCUGCCUCUGUCUGAGGAGCAUCUGGGGAGGCACAUUUAUGCACUUUGUAUCACCUUUCCAACUUCCCUCCACACCUUCCCUCUCGGCCUGGAUUCCGUCAUUAGUGGUCCAAGGUUCUGGUCCUCCCUCCGUGUACCCCCCUCCCUUUCUGCUUCCUCCUCCAGCCUCCCUUGGGUUUUGUUUUGAUACCAAUUUAUAACAUUUUUUAUAAAAGCCUUUGAUUUUGUAAUGGAUGGAACUCAGCCCCACCCCAGGUCUCCCUCUGCCCUGCCAGGUGCCCCAUAGAGACCAAUAACAUUUUGCCACUUGAAACAAUAAAGUUUUUUUGGAAUUGGU